UGAUGUUUUCAGACACAUGCAACUAACUACUAAAAUAUAGUAUGUACUAUAUAUAUAUAUAUAUAUAUAUAUAUAUAUAUAUAUAGAGAGAGAGAGAGAGAGAAUUUUUUUUCCAGCUUUUCUUUUAAGCCAUGGAGUUUCACACUUAAAUCACAAUUGUAAAUACCACGGUGUCACAAAAGUUUGACUAGCAUUUUAUUAUUUCCAACACUGUAUGUUACAUUUUUAUGCCACUAGAUGAAUAAUUAUACUUCAAUUUACUGCAGAAAUUGUUUUCUUAUUGUAGUUGUAUGGUAAACUGUCAUUCAGAUAAACUUUCAGGGUUGCACUUUCUAAACUUUAUGAUAUAGAUGGCAUAUCUCAUGAGUGAUAAACUCCAUGGACCAAGAGCAAAAAUAAUCUAAUUGUGCCUCAGCGGAUCAACAAACUCAGAAGAAGAUGACGCAACAUAAACAUCUGAAUUAUUAAUGAACCAUAAUGACCGUCCUCCAAAGGACUAAAGCCUCUGAGAUCAUUUUGUGAGUUGCGUCUGUAAACAAGGAUGAAGUUUUCUGAACAGAGGCACAAGUUUCACUGUUGCAUCAUUUUGGGCCUAACAAUUAAUAUUCAGAACUUUACAUGUUUUCAUCAUCAGAAAGAUACUGGAUGAAACUAAAGCAGGAAAUUACAAGAAUCCAAAAAUAUAACAGCAAUAUCUUUACAUAUAGUACAGGACAAUUCACAACAAACACAUUCCGUAUUUAAUCUUGUGAAGUGAUUUUGUCCGAACAGGUUUAAAUCGAGGACUGUAGGGCUUAAAAUUAUUUGUAAUAAGACGAUCACAAAGCUAAAACCUCAUGAACAUACAUGAGUUGUCUACAUUGCUAAAAUACAGACAAGAGCCUCGAGUAUAAGUAGAGUUAGGUGCAGCUACCACUUUACCAGCAGUGUUCUUCACUGUCAAAUGUACCGAAACUGUAUCAUCACAACAUGGACUUUUUAUUAAAUCUAUCUGUUUUGAUAUUUAUUGUCCCCAAGAGGAUGAAAUAAUACUAACUUUUGUGAUCUUGACUUCAUUUGAUUCUCUCAAAGGGUAGAACUUUAAACCUGCCCAGCAUUUUGCACAUUUUAUGAAAUGUCUACGUUGAGUUUAAUGCUGACAUAAUAUUUCAUAUGCUAAACAAUAGCGUGUCACAUUAGUAUGCCUGAUGUUAGAAGGUCUAACCGUGUGUUAGCAGGUUUACAUUAGAAAAGUUUACAUAGUCAUAGUAUUUUGUUCAAACAAGAAAAUGACAUGAAAAAGUAAUUUGUUUUUUUAAAAAAAAGACUAAAUUUCGGUGUAAUGGAAUACAGAAGUUCAAAAUUUCAUCUCUGGUUGGUAAACGGUGCGUAUUUAAGUAUUUGACUUUAUUUAGUUGUCUGACUUUAGCUGUUGCACAAAGCUGUUGAACUUAAUGGCUAUGUUUUGUAGAACUAACUUACUAUGAAUUCUGGACAAAUGAACAACUGCAGCAAACUUUUCAACCAGCACUAUGUCUUUUAAGACUUUAAAGGUCUGAUAUGGUGAGAAUCCAUUUUUAUUGAGUUUUCUGGUCAUUCUAAAUUAGAGUUGUGAACUAUAGGCUGUUUCAUAAUAAAAAUAAUUACUUCUGCCAUUCCUCAAGCUUCCAACAAAUAGGCAGCCUCCCAGCUUUCAAGUAAGUCAGAAUUUUACUGACCUGCUACAUUCCCAACUGAGGAAUCAAUAGUCGUCUUACUCAAACUUUGUACAAUUCAAUCCAUUCACUUCACAUUGCUUCCAGGUGAGUCAUUCAGAGGGAGCAGCUUACUUAUUACAGCUGCUUCUUCAAGCUCUAAAACAGCUGAGCUCUGAGCAAAACUCGCCAAAUGUUCUGCUGCUGGCCGCAAGAGUGAACACACGAGUCUUCAUGCACUCCCAGCAGCUGAAGAACUGCAGAUCCAGUGAAUUACUUUCAUCUUGGUGGCAAUGUCACCAAAGCAACUCAAAAGUCCUUAGUGUGUAGCUAAUUUGGCUAACUAUGGAUUAGCUUUAAUGGUAUGGCCACAGGGCUGCACAGUGGCAGCACAGUGGCUGCACAGUGUGGAGUGGUUAGCAUUUUUGCCUUGCAGCAAGAAGAUCCCCAGUUCAAAUCCCAGCCUGGGCCUGGGAUCUUUCUGCAUGGAGUUUGCAUGUUCUCCCAGUGCAUGCGUGGGUUUUCUCCGGGUACUCCGGCUUCCUCCCACAGUCCAAAAAUAUGCUGAGGUUAAUUGAUUACUCUAAAUUGCCCGUAGAUGUGAAUGUGAGUGUGAUUGUUUGUCUGUAUAUGUAGCCCUGCGACAGACUGGUGACCUGUCCAGGGUGUCCCCUGCCUUCGCCUGAGUCAGCUGAGAUAGGCUCCAGCACCCCCUAUGACCCCGAUGAGGAUAAAGUGAUGUAUAGAGAAUGGAUGGAUGGUAUGGCCACAGGUCAGAGCUCGAAGAUUUGAAACCCGUAAAUAAGGACUUGGAUCGUUCUUGUGUUAUCAUGUUACUUGCUGUGAUUCAGUGCAACCUAAACCUAAAAUGUUUACAUCUGCUUGCGUCUUUCCUGCUCUCUGUGCUCACAUAUACUGCACUUUUAUACAGCUGAAUUCCCAAAAAAGCUGUUCCCAUUUCAAUAUUUUUCUCUUUCUGUUGUCAGAUAACAGAAUGGUUAUGACAUAGUGACUGAAAUACAGCCCAUUAGAACUGCAUGUUAACCAGUAGAAUGGGAUAAACAAACUCAACAGAACAAGCUGCUCUCGCUCAAAAAACUCUUUCUCUUCCUAUUGCUUCCUCUGAAACUGUUCUUCUCAUCAGCAAGUCUCAUCAGUGGUUCAUAAAGAUUAACUUACUGCUGUAUUAAAUUGAGUGUUUAGUCUCUCUCUUUGCUCAGUUUCAUUGUUUGCUGUAGGACCUCUUAGCUUCUGUGGUGAGUCCAUCAAAAGUGUGGGAUUUAAAAACUGCCUGGCUUCUACUUUGCUACACUGCACUCAUUGUUCACAGUAUUGUGUUCCCAGAAUUUAUAUCAACAAUGUUGCUCUCCAAGAAACACCGGGAGAAUCUGAGCUACUAUUUUUUACAAUCCGAGUAGAUGCAAUGGGAUUUUUUAAAGAGAAAAGUUGAGACACAAAGAGGCAGAUAAACUGACACAUUGACAAUGACUUCAGUUCGAGUCAGAAAAGGGAAACACUUUCAAUCUAAACACACUGGAGAUGUAUUACAUUGAAAAAACAAAAAUAUUUGCUAUAAAAAUCACAUAUUUAGUGUAUUUCUGAUGUAUGAUUCUCUUUUUGGACCCAUUUGUGUCCUAAAUUAUUUACAGUAUUAAAGCAACAUAAAUCUACAUGAUACUUUAAUGAUCCCUUUAACGUGUGACAUUAUAACUAUAUACCUCCAUCAUUAUAAAUAGAUUCUUCAACAAAUUAAGCUUUGGUUUUUUUCUAUACUAACUUGAGAACUCCGUGUGUGUAAAGCAGAUAUAUUUUCAUGCUAAAUAGAGUAUAAAGUAAACUUCUGUCUCACAACUUCCACAAACUUUUACUUCUUCCACAGAAAACCACAGCCGAUGCAGAUUGAGAUGAUGAUUUCAUGGAAUUUGAUUGGUUGUUUGACUGUCACAGGUGAUGAUGUCAAGACACAGAUCCCUUAUAAAAAGGAUGUGAAGCCCUACAUUUUGAUUUUCUCAUUUAACAUGUAAGUGCUGUGUCUCAUACUUAUAAUAAAUCUGUUCACUGGCUUUUAGCUUCAUAGAUUCUAUGUAGAUUUGAAAUGUUUAAUUUGAUGUAAUACUGUUUUGUCAUGUGUGACUUGGCAUUGUACUUAUUUAAGAUGUAAUUUGACGGAAUUCAAAACUGCCGUAAUGUUGAUUAACGAGCAAUCUGAUGCAUUUGUGUUUGUUUUGUCUUCACAGACACUGAAUGAAGCUGAAGUCAUGAAUGACUCCACAGAAGCGCCUCAGGUCUUAUCACUUCAUACUAGUGUCAAAGCUGUGCUGUCUACACUGCUGUGCCUGUUCUUCCUGUACGUAAACGGUGUCAUGGUGUUUGCUCUGCUGAAAAAGCCUCUCCUGCUGCAGUCGCCUCGAUACGUCCUGUUUGGUCACCUGCUUGUUACUGAGUCUCUGCAGCUCGUAGCCUCUAUGCUGCUGUACAUCUUUGCUGUGACUAGGGUCAGAAUGGCCAGCUAUGUUUGCAUUACUUUCGUACUACUCGCAAGCAGCACUGUGAAGUUGUCUCCCCUCAGUCUCGCUCUCAUGUCUUUGGAGAGAUAUGUUGCCAUUUGUUUUCCACUGAGGCAUGCUAGCAUAGUCACGUCCAGGACGAUGACUAUUGCCAUCGCUGUUAUAUGGACAGUGGCCUCUUUAGACUCCUUCAUGCUGCUCAUUCUGUUUGUUAGUCUCGAGAACACAAGCUUCACUUUGCAAAAGCUCUGCAUCAAAAGCAGUGUGUUCCGACUACAGAUUUAUGUAACAUUAAACAGGACUUUCACCAUAAUGUAUUUUGCACUGGUGAGCUUGAUUAUCAUUUAUACAUACGUUGCAGUCAUCAUUACUGCAAAGUCAGCCUCUACUAAUGCGAGUAACGCCAAUAAGGCACAUAAGACAGUGCUCCUGCACCUGCUGCAGUUUUGCUUGUGUCUUACCUCCACUCUGUUUGAGAUGAUAAACACCAGCAGCCUAUUGAAAAUUAAGCGUGCAGUUGCUGUGCACAUUCAGUAUGUCUUCUUUUUAUGCCUAAUUAUUCUCCCGAAGAGUUUGAGCCCAUUGCUGUACGGCCUCAGAGAUCGAACCUUCAGACAUGUCUUUAUAUACUAUUUCACCUUUGGCUUCAAAAGCACAGUUUUUCCAUCUCUUAAUUCUUGAUUUUAAAGUUGUUGUAUUUAAUUGUGAGUGUAAACAGCAGCACAAAGAGUUAUUUUCUCAAACGCUGUAAAGUCUGAGAGCUACUGUCUGGAAUCAGGACUUAUUGCUGCAGCAAAAGAUAAACUCUAAUAUAGUGUUCAUAGAAACAAAGGGCAGCACUUGUUCAAUUCCUGCUGAUUUCUUAACAAGUAUCAUUACAAGCCAUGUGAUUAUUCAAGACAGUCUCUAAACACAUCCGUACACAGUACAGAGAGAGUAUAUAAUCCACUCUAAGUAACAAUGAUGAACUGUUGUGUUAAACAUAGAAUGUGUACAAAAUGUUUUCUGCAAUUUUUGCACUGUGUCUUUAAUAUAUUCUUAUACUGCUGUCUUUUGAGCUGCUGUUAUGGUGAACUUUCCCCACUAUGGGAUCAAGAAAAUUGAUCUUAUCUAGAUUCUUUUCCCAAAAUUAGUUAUUUCUCUCCAUUACUUAUUUUAAAGUUGAGGCAAAUUUCUAAGAAAGAUUAACGUGUGUUUCAAACUGUACAAUCAUCUGUUUCUAUAGUACACACUGUGAAAUCCUAACAUGAAAUAUUAUGGUAAAUUCUCUGUUGAUUGAUGAUUUUCUUGCUCGUGUGAUAUCAGUGAAAACUGAUUUUAAAGCAUCAGAUUCUUUUCUGAUUGAAGCAAAUUCAGGUCCUUUAUCUAAAAGCAGAAGUUCAACCAAAGUGCUCUAAAGCUAAAAUAUCAGGUGAUAAAAAAUGAACACAAUGACUAAAAGACAACUCUGAAAAGAAAUCCAAUAAAAUAAUAAGAAUGAAGAUUUACAGCACCAGUCAGCUCAAAAAUCUUUAGCAACACUCUCAUCCUAGUUUCUACAUUUUUUGCACAUUGAGCACUUGUUUCUUCUCCAUUAUGAAAAUAUAAUGAACCAAGGUCAGCAAUAGAAACAUUUUGUGAGUAAAAAGAAGAAAAUAUUUCAUGUUUGCCUCAUGAAUAGCUCUGUCACCUCUUUGCUUAUGUAAGGAAAUUGUAACAAAACUGAAUGUACUUUGGCUUUUUUUAUAUUUUCACAUUGAAUAUGUAAAAAAUGCUGCAAACUGAAUGAUAGAAGUACAUGAAAUAGACUAAGGGCGUGAACUCAAUCUGUAUCUGAAAUCAAGCAUUAUAGGAUACCGUACAAACAGCACACCAUAUGAUAUAUUUCUGUCCAUUUUUAUCAAGCAAAAUAAGACAGUGGGUGUAGUUUAUAUAUAUAUAUAUAUAUAUGUGUGUGUGUGUGUGUGUGUGUGUGUGUGUGUGUGUGUGUGUGUGUGUGUGUGUGUGUGUGUGUGUGUGUGUGUGUGUGUGUGUGUGUGUGUGUGUGUGUGUGUGUGUGUGUGUGUGUGUAUCCAUGUAUGUAAUAUAUUUCAAAUGAACCAAGGUCAGCAAUAGAAACACUUUGUGAAUAAAGAGAAGAAAAUAUUUGAAGAUGCAUAUAUAGAAUUGUAUAUGAAUUGUCAGUUGUUUGAUGGACAAAUGCAAUAAUGUUUCAUUUUUUGUGAACAUGUCUGAAAAAUUGUUAUGCCCAUCAGAUUAAAUAUAUAUUCUCUUACAACAAAGAACAAUGGACUGAAAAAAGCACUUAAGCUUUUGAUAAGGACAAGUCACUAUUUUCAUACAAUCUUUCAACAAUC